GCGGGGUAGCAGUUCUCAAUUCAAAAAUGAAUCCAAGGAUCCGUUGCCCGUCGUUACAUCUUUUUAAACCUAAGGUACCUAUAUACAGCAUAGCAUGGCAAGACUGAUUCAUACCUUGCUCUAGGCCGCAAUGGCUCCCGAUCGUGAGAUUCCACACCCCACGUCAUCCUCUCGCGAUCUAGGGGAUAGAAGUUGCGGGUCCGGGGUCCCGGAAGUGCUGGAUGUCAUACGUACGCUUGAGUCCCGUGAGAUUCCGAACUGCGUCACAGGCGCAAGAGCAUUGGUAUACUACGGUGCUGGUAGGGUGGCACAGGACUGGGAAGUCGCCGUGCCUGAUGAGCUCUUCCACAAGGCAAAGGUGCUCUUUUCCGAGAGUCCACAGUAUGAGUUGUUGAAGCCUGCCAUGCCACAGCCCAGAUCGCUCAUCCAUACCUACCCGCUGUUCAAGCUGAAGGGCGCGGGCUUCAGCUUCUUCCUCGUCCCGGCCUCGGAACCACACGUCAGCUGCGAGCCAGCCGUGUGCGAGCGUAGCCACAACGGCAUCCCCUACCCCAAGCUCGAGCAUUUCGCCCAGAGCUUACUUGACACGCAGAAGUACGCCGACCUGGAGGACCUUGUCGACGGCAUGGAUCUUGACGAAGCGUGGGGCGAGGCGAACCUGCAGCUCGACCAGGUGCCAAGUGACUAUAUCAACCACAAGAACACGCUCAUCUGUCAGUCACUACCCGGUCUCCCUGGGCUCGUGGCCUCGCUCUCGACGAUCCCAGACGCGAGGCGCGAGUGGAUGCGCACUGUCCAGGGGAAGCGUUCGCGGAUGGUUCCCAAGUAUCCCCAUGAGAAGUAUGCCACGAGGUUUCGCCUAAAAGGGUCCCCUGACCCCCGGAUGAACCAGGAACGCCAGGUUUGAGAUGUGCAAUGGGAGGAUUUCCGAUUUCGAGGCGGAUUCUGCAAUGCCGGGUGUUUGGCCAUCGUGUCCGCGGGCCUGUUGGGACAAAGCCGAAGACAACCAGUUUGCCCACGUGUUCGCCAUUGGUGGAGAUCUGUUGCUUGCACUGCAACGUGUUCGGUGAGCGCGGCCCGAUGGUUAACCGACCGAUGGUUAACCGAGUCGUGGCUGUGCGGGGAACAAGCCUCGUC